GGGGCGCUUGAUUUCAGACCAUUGAGUUGUCUAUUGUAGAACUCACGUUCUGCUCAUUUUGGAUUGUUCUUUUCGCCGUGUGCUUUCUUUCAUCUCUAGGCUACUGUCCAUUUGCGUCCAUCCAAAAUGGCAACAAGAAUCGAUAAAGAGGCUUGCAGGGAAGCGUAUAACCUCGUCAGAGACGAUAACACGGAGAUAAACUGGGCAGCGUUUAAAUAUGAGAGAGAGAGAGAGAGAGAGAGAGAGAGAGGGGGAUAUACACACACACACACACACAUGCACAAACACACAGAUAAACGCAACACACAGCAACAACAACAAACUCAUAAAAAAGCACAUUGAGACACACUCAGACAUAUGCCUACAGUCCUAUCCUCAGCCCUCUCACCUGUCAGGUCAUGGUUGAUUAUCUACUGUACUGUGCAUCAUCUCACUCUCAUCUCAGCUGCGCCACAACGUUUAGAACUAUCUCAAUCUGGGGUGCUGUGUUUGUGUUACAACUGGAAAAGACGCGUUACUGUACUGUAUGUCAGAAGGGCAGAAUGAUUCUCUUUGUCUCUCUGAUUGGACUUAUCAUCAUUGUGCUUUUACUGUAUCUUCCUCUGUGGUUGUAGUCCAAACAUGCAUCAUUGGUCAAUAGAGGUCUUUCCUGCCCAGCGGUCUCAUCUCCCAAUCCACCGCCAAGGUAUACCCCACUGUGUUUACUGCCUUAAUCUCCCAUGGAGAGAAGGGCAUCAUGGGAGUUGUGUGUGUUUGUGGACACUACACUGUUAUUGGCUAUCCUCCACUCGGGGGGGUGGGACUAAGAUUCGCCUAUGGAACACAAACCAAUAGGGCAGGGCUGUAGCACUGUCAGUCGGCCCAACCCAGGAGCAGCCAUCUCUCUGGUGUAGCCUCUUUUUAUUUGGAUUAAACCCCAAAAAUGAAUGUUUUUAUUUUCUCUAAGAGUUUAACCUUUGAUUUAUUCUUGAGAGCAAUGUUAUGUAGGAGAUUCACAGAGACAUUUAAAAACUGAACUGGGCACACGAUCAAUCAUUUCUGAAUAAAACCGUUUUUGUUUUUUUUCC